CUUUCCGACCAUUGCACUGAACACCAUGGGGGAUUCUCUUCGUCUUGUUCCCAGUUCCGCAGACAAGACUGCCUCCGUGCAGGACACUGCUCACCAUCUUGGUGUUCAUGAUACUCUGCGCCAUGGAUUAAGGAGCUUAGCGACGGAGGCGCGAUGUGAAAGUGCUCUCAAGCAUAGAUUAGACAAGUGGGAAGAGACGCAAGAUAAUCUCAAGCUCAACCUGCAGCGCGACUUGUAUGGUAUGGCUGCACCAGUUAGGCUAAUGAUGGAGCGCAAGAUUGUGGGCACCGACAUGAAUAUGCCUGCAAUGUCCCGGUCCAAUAUCCACCUUGAUAUCCUAAUGGGUAGAGAUGAGACUCUUGACAUCGCGGAAGUAUUUUCAGAGAGGGAAGUGGCGCCACCAUUGGAUAUUCAUGCCGACAUGGAACGCAAGUUGCGCAUGUAAUAAUUUCCUCAGUUGUUCUUUACCUGUUACAAUUUUAUUCCGAGUCAUGAAUGUAAUUUUCAAACGCU